AAGAGAAUAACUUCCCAUCUCUAAAUCAUGGCUCCCAAUACUGCUAUCUUAGACCUUACCAAGAUGGCCCCAAAGCAAAAACACAAGUUGAGAAAACCAGCUGUGGAAAAGAUGCGCAGAGACAGAAUUAACAGCAGCAUUGAACAGCUGAAAGUGCUUCUGGAGAAAGAAUUUCACCAGCAACAGCCGAAUGUAAAGCUGGAGAAGGCUGAUAUAUUGGAGAUGACAGUAACUUAUCUGAAGCAGAAAAUAAUGUCUGAAACAAAAAAUGUUAUUCAGCACGGUCAACUACAAAUGGAGCUUACAGAAGGCUACUCCAAGUGCUUUGAAAAUGUCCUUGACUUCCUCUCGCUUCAUCAAAAACAACAUGGAGCUGAAUCAAAGCUGAUUAACCACUUCCAGUCCAGUGUGGCCUUUCCUAAUCCCUUACCAUCUCCUAUCCGUCUCUGCCAAUCCAAGCAAGCAGUUGUGAAUAACAAUGGAAUGGUUUGGAGACCAUGGUAGAUGCACUCUGCCAAAUAUGAAAUCCAGAGGAUAUUGACUUUUCUCAUUAGUUGUCCUCUCAUAUUGUAGGAAAUAUUUUCCUUAAUGCCCCAAAAGGGUUCAUGUAUGUUAAAAAAAAUUGUGUGUAUCUG